UCUUUUUAAAAACAAGGUGGCAGCUAAACACGCAUUAUCAUUUUUUUCCCCUCUCUCUCUCUCUAUCUUUCUCUAAUUUAUCUUUCUAAAACUUAAAUAUAAAAAAUCACUAGAUCCCCGUCGUAUGUAACGGAGUUAAUAAACCGCGUACGGCGUCAUCCGGCAAAUCUCCCCCGCUAGAAACUGCGGAGGAGAUUGAUCUCUCUCUCUCUCUCUCUAUCUAUAUCGGGAACGCUGCUGGAGAAUUCAACGUCUAGCGGCGGACUAAAUUCGCGUGUUGACGGAGCUGGGAGCAGCUGCUUUAUCUUCUCCAGAUCUCUAACCGAUUCUAACCGCUUCCUGUUUCACCGGUUUGGUUUAUCAAGGCAAUGGUUCUUGAUGGGAUUGUAUCUUCACCAUUGAGGAGACACCAGUCUCUAAAGAAGCAAUGGGAAGACUUGGGUAGCUGCUCAACCGUUGUUAACAGGCAUCGAUACCUCCUAACAGCAUUGCUUCUUUUGGCCUUCCUCUGCACUGUUUAUCUUUACUUUGCUGUCACUUUAGGCGCUAGGCACAACUCCUCCUGCUACGGCUUGGCUGGGAAAGAGAAGGCAAUGUGUCAAGCCAUCUCUAAAGGGAAACUCAAGUUGUUUUAAUUAAUUGUUACUACAUUCUUUUUUCUUUUAUUGAUUCUAUAAUGCCAUUUGUGUGUAUUGUUUCCAUUACAUGGUGAUAAACCAGAGAUUUGUAAUCUAAACAUCAAAACAUUUGCACUUCUAAAA